AUGGACAGACACCUUGCUGAAGCACGGGGAGACAGUCUCUACAACGGUGGUGGCCCGGGAGUCCUCUACGGCCUGAUCGCGGCGACGAUAUUCUACGGUUUCAUCGGUGCUGGCCUCGCGGAGCUGUCGUCGGCCAUCCCGAGCUCUGCGAAUGUCUACCACUGGGCCUCCGUCACUCCUGGACCGCGAUAUGGACGAGUCUGUUCGUGGUUCGCCGGCUGGUGGAAUUGCAUCGCCUGGAUCUUCGGCGCCGCUUCCACUUCCCUCUUCGCCGCCAAUGCCAUCAUCGCCAUGUACACCGUCUAUCAUCCCGACUUUGUCCCCCAGCGAUGGCAGAUCUUCAUCGCGUACUUGGCAAUCAUCUGGCUGGACACGGCCAUCGUCUGCUUCGGACAGCGGUACAUUGCCAAGUUCGCUACGCUUUCCGGUGCCCUCUGCCUGGUACUCGUCUUGGUCACCGUGUUGGUAUGCGCCAUUAUGCCUUCUCAGACCGGGGCCGGGUAUGCCUCGGACCGCUUUGUCUGGUCCGAAUGGCAAAACCUCACCGGGUGGUCCAGCAAUGGUCUGGUCUUCCUGAUGGGCACGAUCAACGGCGCGUAUGCCAUCGGAACGCCAGAUGGGGUCUGCCAUAUCUCCGAAGAGGUUCCGCGGCCCAAGGUCAACGUUCCCAAGGGUAUCGCUGCGCAGAUGCUCGUGGGCUUCGCGACGACGUUUGUCUUCUACAUUGCAGUGGUAAGUGUCCCUCCAAGUCUUGGUACCCUGUCAAGGCUCACCUCUCUCGCGCAGCUAUAUGCCAUCACCGACCUCGACGCCGUCUUCCAAAGCAACAUCACCGCGCUCCCUCUCGCCGCCAUCUUCCAGCAGGCAACACGCUCAAACGCAGGAACGUUCGCUCUCCUCUUCCUGUACUUCUUCGACAUCCUCAUCACCGUCCCCGGAGGCUGGAUCACAGCGGGCAGAAUGCUCUGGGUCCUCGGCCGCGACGACGCGACUCCCUUCCCCCGCUUCGUGGGCAAAAUCUCUCCAACCUUCCGCAACCCCUUCAACGCCCAAGUCCUCUGCGGCGUCGGCGGCACCCUCCUCGGCUGCAUCUACAUCGCCUCCGCCACGGCUUUCCAGGCCUUCGUGAGCAUCUUCACCGUCUUCACCACCCUGUCCUACCUCGCCGCCAUCCUGCCCCAUCUCCUCACCGCGCGAAGGCACGUCCCGCCGGGCCCCUUCUGGAUGCCCGGCGCCUGGGGCUACAUCGUCAUGGGCGUCGCGUCGGCUUACAUCGUCGUGCUCAACGUGCUGUACAUGUUCCCGUACACGUAUCCCGUCGCGAAUGCGCAGGCGAUGAAUUGGACGAGUGUCAUGUUUGCUGGCAUCACGUUCCUCCUCGCUCUCGGCUAUCUCUGGAAACGGAAUCGUGGCUAUAUUGGGCCGCGGGUCGUGAUGGAGGCACAUGAUGAUAUCUUGAAGGGUAGAAUAGGUUUGGAGAAGAGGUGA